AUGCUUGCACCUCUUCUCCUAGGCAAUGAUCUGGGAAAUGAUGAUACCAUCGGAGGGAAUGUGAGCAAAUAUAUGGUGCUUCCAACUGGAUACUUUGGACAGCCCAAGAAAGGACAUCUUAUCUUUGAUGCUUGCUUUGAAAGUGGUAACCUUGGACGGGUGGACCAGGUCUCUGAGUUUGAGUAUGAUUUAUUCAUUAGGCCGGAUACCUGUAAUCCACGCUUCCGAGUCUGGUUCAACUUUACUGUUGAGAACGUGAAAGAAUCACAGAGAGUCAUUUUCAACAUUGUUAACUUCAGCAAAACUAAAAGUCUUUAUAGAGAUGGGAUGGCCCCUAUGGUGAAAUCUACCAGCAGACCAAAAUGGCAAAGACUGCCACCUAAAAAUGUUUACUACUACCGCUGCCCAGACCAUAGGAAGAAUUACGUGAUGUCCUUUGCAUUUUGUUUUGACCGAGAAGAAGAUAUUUACCAGUUUGCUUACUGCUACCCAUAUACGUACACUCGCUUUCAGCAUUACCUUGACAGCCUGCAGAAGAGAAACAUGGAUUACUUCUUCCGGGAGCAGCUGGGUCAGAGUGUGCAACAGCGGCACCUAGACCUCCUGACGAUAACCAGCCCUGACAACCUUCGGGAGGGGGCAGAGCAAAAGGUGGUAUUCAUCACAGGACGAGUCCACCCAGGGGAAACACCGUCUUCAUUUGUGUGUCAAGGGAUCAUUGACUUCCUCAUAAGCCAGCACCCUAUUGCUCGUGCCCUACGGGAACACCUGGUCUUCAAGAUUGCACCCAUGCUCAACCCUGAUGGCGUCUACCUGGGCAAUUACAGGUGCUCUCUGAUGGGGUUCGACCUGAACCGUCACUGGCUGGAUCCCUCUCCGUGGGCCCACCCCACCCUGCAUGGGGUGAAACAGCUUAUCAUUCAGAUGUACAACGACCCAAAAACAAGCCUGGAGUUUUAUAUUGACAUCCACGCCCACUCCACCAUGAUGAAUGGCUUCAUGUAUGGCAACAUCUUUGAAGAUGAGGAACGGUUCCAGAGGCAGGCCGUCUUCCCCAAGCUCCUCUGCCAGAAUGCCGAGGACUUCUCCUACUCCAGCACAUCCUUUAACCGAGAUGCCGUGAAAGCAGGAACCGGCCGUCGCUUCCUCGGUGGGCUGCUGGACCACACUUCGUAUUGCUACACCCUCGAGGUUUCCUUCUACAGCUACAUCAUUGGCGGCACCACAGCCGCUGUGCCCUACACGGAGGAAGCCUAUAUGAAGCUGGGGCGGAACGUGGCGAGAACGUUUCUGGAUUAUUACCGGCUGAACCCCAUGGUCGAGAAAGUGACGAUCCCCAUGCCAAGGCUGCGGAAAGAAAAACCCCCUCCCUACAAGCACCCACUCCUGCGGGGCCCAACCAGCAAUCACCCCAACAGCAAAGGGGGCAAGAAGAGCUCAGUGAACCACAAAGACCCUUCAAACUCUUUUUAAGGACGUGGAGUCCGGGGAGGUCUUGUGGGGGCAGGAGCAUGCAUUUUCUGCUGGG